AUGCCCUCUGCCUGCUCCUAUCCCGGGUCUGCGGCCGCGGCCCAGGCCUGCUCCAGCGCGGUGCUCCGAGGGCGGGAGCUGCAGGUCCAUGCUGGCAGCAAGGCUGCGCUGGCUUCUCUAUGCCCAGGAGACCUGAUUCAGGCCAUUAAUGGCGAAAGCACAGAGCUCAUGACACACCUGGAGGCGCAGAACCGCAUCAAAGGCUGCCAGGAUCACCUCACCCUCUCUGUGAGCAGCUGGAUUUGGAAUGAGCUUCUUUGCUGUAACCCAUGUAAUGCUGUGUGGCCCACGGAUGGCAGUCCCGUGUCCAGCAGGCGGUCCUCAGCCACGGGGAUUGGGUCCGAAGAGAACAGACCAGGCCUGGGAUCUCUGUAUGGGCAGCCUCGCCUUCCAGUCCCUCACAAUGGCAGCAGCAAUGAGGUCAACCUGCCGGCCCAGAUGAGCAACCUGCACGUGUCUCCACCGCCCAGUGCCGACCCAGCCAGGGGCCUCCCAAGAAACCGAGACUGCAGAAUGGACCUGGGUUCAGAGGUGUACCGGAUGCUAAGGGAGCCAGCAGAGCCCGCCACCGCUGAACCCAAGCAGUCAUGCUCCUUCCGCUAUCUGCAGGGCAUGCUAGAGGCGGGCGCGGGCGGGGAGCGACCUGGGCCUGCUGGCCCCCGGAACCUCAAGCCCACCGCCAGCAAGCUGGGCGCCCCAUUGAGUGGCCUGCAGGGGCUGCCGGAGUGCACGCGCUGCGGCCACGGGAUCGUGGGCACGAUCGUGAAGGCGCGGGACAAACUCUACCACCCCGAGUGCUUCAUGUGCAGCGACUGCGGCCUGAACCUCAAGCAGCGGGGCUACUUCUUCCUGGACGAGCGGCUCUACUGCGAGAACCACGCCAAGGCGCGCGUCAAACCCCCCGAGGGCUACGACGUAGUGGCUGUGUACCCCAACGCCAAGGUGGAGCUCGUCUGAGCGCCCCCCCUCCCCCGGGGUGGUGGAGGUGGGGGGGAGGGCCGGGGAGGGGGGCGGGGACACCUGUCCCACCCCCCCCUUCUGCACUCCGUGUCCCCGCGUGGCCUGUGUAAAUACAUUCCCCCCUGCCUCUCUUAAUAAAGACCCCUCUGCUCCGUGCCAA